AUGUUAAUAAUUAAAUUUCCAAGUGAACUGAGGUCGCACCCAGCGUCGGUAUUGGUCGAUAAUGCCUCUUUAGUCUAUGGCAAAACGGGUCUAAGUGAGUUCGAAAGUACGUUUAUUACAGAUUCAAAAAGGUUUAUUUUCUUUUCAGGUUCCUUUGCAAUUGUGACAUUGUUUGCUGUGGUGUUCAUCGCAGCGUACGUUGAAGCAGGCCCUGCCGGCAACUGUCCAAUGCCAUCGAAGAUCUACGGCUGCAGCCCCAAAUGUCAUGACAAUUACGACUGCAGUCAUGGCAAGGCAUGUUGCCCGAACAGCUGCAAUGCCAAGUCCUGCGUUGACUUAGCUGCACAUGGCGGUGGAAAUAAUGACAAGUAUUCUCAAUCUGGAGGCGCAGGAGUUUACUGCGCUAACCAAAAGUGCAGUCCCUUUGAGAAGUGCAAGUUGGAUCCCGCUACUAAGAGGAUGAAGUGCAUGCGAGCUUAA